AUGUGUGUUAUGGUGGCCUUUGGUGGUUACAUUUCUGGUUGGGCUUCUGGUACCAUUGGUGGUUUCGAAUCUCAUACUGAUUUCUUAGCUAGAUUUGGUUCUACCAGUGGUUCUGGUAAGCGUUAUUUGUCCAAGGUUAGAACUGGUUUAUUGACUUCCAUGUUCAAUGUUGGUCAAGCCAUUGAUUGUUUCUUCUUAGGUAGAAUUGGUGAUAUGUAUGGCCGUCGUUUUGGUAUUAUUGUUGCUUCUAUAAUCUUUAUUGUUGGUACUGUUAUUCAAAUUGUCUCUGUUAAGGCUUGGUACCAAUAUAUGAUUGGUAGAAUUGUUGCUGGUCUAGGUUGUGGUUUGAUUGCCAUUUUGUCUCCUAUGUUGAUUUCUGAAGUUUCUCCAAAACAUAUGAGAGGUGCCAUGGUUUCUUGUUACCAAUUGAUGAUCACUUUAGGUAUCCUCUUGGGUUACGGUUCCAAUUAUGGUACUAAGAGAUAUGAUGAUUCUCGCCAAUGGAGAGUUCCAUUAGGUUUACAAUUUGCUUGGUGUUUAUUUUUAGUUGGCGCUAUGUUAUUCGUCCCAGAAUCUCCAAGAUUUUUGAUUGAAAAAGGUAGAUAUAAAGAUGGUAAACGUUCUAUUGCCAAGUCCAACAAGGUUUCUCCAGAUGACCCAGCUGUCAUUAUGGAAGCUGAUGAAAUCCAAGCUGCCAUUGAUAGAGAAAGAGCAGAAGAUGAAGCCACUUGGGGUGAUUUAUUGGAUACUAAACACAAGAUUUUACAAAGAGUUAUUAAUGGUAUUAUGUUACUAGCUUUACAACAAUUGACAGGUUGUAACUAUUUUUUCUACUACGGUACAAUUAUCUUCAAAGCUGUCGGUUUAGAAGAUGGUUAUGAAACUGCCAUUAUAUUCGGUGUUGUUAAUUUCUUUUCAACUUUUGUUGCCCUAUACUUGGUUGAUAGAUUUGGUAGAAGAGCUUGUUUGCUAUGGGGUGCUGCUGGUAUGACUUGCUGUAUGGUUGUCUUUGCUUCAGUUGGUGUUUCUAGAUUAUGGCCAAAAGGUAAGAAGGCUGGUAUUACAUCUCAAGGUGCCGGUAACUGUAUGAUUGUUUUCAGUUGUUUCUUCUUAUUUUGUUUCGCUACUUCCUGGGCUCCAGUUGCUUUCGUCAUUAUCUCUGAAUCUUUCCCAUUGAAGGUCAAGGCCAAGGGUAUGGCUUUAGCUAUUGUUUCCAACCAAAUGUGGAACUUCUGUAUCGGUUUCUUCACUCCUUUCAUCACUGGUGCCAUUAACUUUGCCUAUGGUUACGUUUUCGUGGGCUGUCUAGUAUUUGCCUGGUUCUAUGUCUUCUUCUUUGUCCCAGAAACUAAAGGUAUGGUUUUGGAAGAUGUUAACGUCAUGUGGGAAGAAGGUGUAUUGCCAUGGAAACCCGCUUCAUGGGUUCCUCCAAGUGAUAGAGAUGCCACCUAUGACGUAAAUGCCAUGGCUAAUGAUUAUCAACCGGUCUGGAAGAAGAUGUUUGGUAAAUAA